ACUGCCUCUGCAAUCUGCUGGACAGAAGGACGCAAAAUGUUUGCAGUAACAGUUUGUUUCCUGGGAUUGCUCCAUAUGAGCGCUGCCUGCAGCUUGGUGAGCGUCUGUACAGACCUGACUUCUGUUCAGCAGGAGAUCGUGGAUGUACACAACGCCUACCGAAGGGCUGUGGAGCCGACUGCCGGCAACAUGCUGAAAAUGAGUUGGAGCGAUGCAGUGGCACAGUCAGCUCAAGGCUGGAUUGAUCAGUGUAACAUGACACAUGGACCACCGAGCAGCCGCUUGAUUGACGGAUAUGAAAUGGGUGAAAAUCUCUUCAAGGCCUCUGCGGUUUAUUCAUGGACUGAUGUGAUAAAUGCCUGGCACAGUGAAGUCAACUAUUAUGAAUAUCCCAUCGGAUCCACCAACGAUCAACCAAUUGGACAUUACACACAGGUGGCGUGGUACAGCUCAUAUGAGGUUGGUUGUGCCGUGGCUCAGUGUGGAAGCUCCUACUUCUACGGAUGCCAUUACUACCGCGCUGGGAAUUUCAGAGGAGUCCCGCCGUACUCGCUGGGCGAUCCGUGUGCUGCCUGUCCGGAUGACUGUGAAGACGAUCUGUGCACUAAUCCCUGUCCGUACAUCAACACGUUCACCAAUUGCGAUGAAUUGAAAGAAAUGGCCACUUGUGACAACUCUGUCGUGAGCCAGUGGUGUCCAGCCAGUUGUCAAUGUGAAGACAAAAUCGUCCCUAUUGCGAGGAAAUGA